AUGCAGGCUUUGUUGGAAGAAAAUAACCCCGAUCGGAUACUCCUGGGGCUGGUGACGCCUCAGAUCGGAGACGAUUUCAUCGAAAAUGCAGACGAUCAGACGUUCGCACGUGCCAUAUGCGCAUUGGACCCCGAACAUUUCAUUGUGCCUUAUGGAAAGCUAUUUCGCUACUUGAAGCCGAGUCUGGAGACCCAGCCGAAAUUUCGAAUAGUCAGAUCCUUGGAAGAGCGUGUGGCUACAUUUAUCAACAUCCUCGAUUCCCUGGUCACCCAACGACAAAGACAUGGUCACUCCCUCGGCCUCGACGUCUAUCGCCAUCUGUUGCGCUGCACGGCGGCAGCUGGAGUGGGAUCAUUUGCUAGGAAUGUGUUCCGCAAAGCCAUGAGAGAAGACGACAUUGAACCUGAUUUGGAUUGUUAUAACUACUUCAUGGAGGCCCUCACCUGGAACGAGGCAUAUAACAGGCAUGAAAGGUACCGAUUACGGAUAGUCCGGCAUAACAUGUUCCGUCGGUCUUUGGAGACCAGACCGCUCGGCUUCUUUGGUCAUGGUGUCGCCUCACCCAAAAAUCCAAAAAAUGAACAGUCCAUCAGGCUCGAAACACUGGGUAUCUUCAAUGAACUGGUGAAUCAGGGCUUGAACGGCAACGAAGCGACCUUCUGCAACCUCAUGGUUGCAAUGGGUCGUGAAGGAGACCUCGGCAGCGUCAAGAGCGUCCUCAAAUCGGUGUGGAACGUAGAUGUGGACGCCUUGGACAAGUACGACGAGGAGGAACUGGAGAGUCCCACAUUUUAUGAAGAGGGCUCACCCCUCCGGCCCUCUGCACGGCUGUUAUUUACCGUCGUCCAUGUUUUCGGGACGAACAAUGAAGUCGCCUUGGGAGGCAUGCUCCUCGACUACAUCUCGCGCAACUAUAACCUGGAAAUUCCGGAAUAUAUCUGGACCCAUUUGCUGGAGUGGACUUUCGUGCUCUCAAUCCAACACAGCAAGGCUAGGAUCGAGAGAGGCCACGGUGAAGGCCGCAUUGCGCGCAGGGCAGUCGAGUCGGUCUAUCACGUCUUUCAUAACGAACCUUACAAUGUCCGACCGAAAAUCGAGGAUCUGAUAUUUCGAGUCAAAGCCAGAUCUGAAGCCAGGAAACUCUACAAGGCUGUCGAGGAUCUCCGCCAGUGUAUGGUCCUGCUUGAAGAAGAACGAACCCGCCUCUCCGAAAUGUACGACCAAAUUCGACACCUCCUUGAAGAUGCCGAUUAUCAUUACAUCUUCUAUGAUGGCUUGCCUUCCGCCGCGUUCCUCGAUUUGAAACAUAAAUAUGUGCUUGCUUCCCUUCAGCUGGAAGGUCACAUCCAACUCAUUUCUAUCGCUGUGCGCAACACGAUCAAGCGUAAAGACUGGACGUCUCAUGACGAAGGCACAGACUGGCCAUACCGAGGCAUUCCCAAUAUCAUCGCAGAGUGGACAGAUUGGUUGCCUAAUAUCAUCCCCUACUACACUCCCACAGGUCACGUAUGUAUCUGGGGAAGGGAGUCCCGGCACGCCGCCAUCCAGAGCGCGAACUCUCUCCAGACAACAAGGGCAGGCACAAUGCGUAUGCUGCUGGACUCUUAUUCACCAACUCGUCUCCGCCAUGCGGCAGGAUUUAUUCAUCGCGGGCCGACAGGGAACGCUCUGUCUAAAUUUCAAGAUGAAGUCCGCAGUGAUUCUUCGGGGCGCCUGAGUGACUGGGUCCUGCGGUUCGAGGCGGCUGUCCGUCAAGAGCGGCUGAGCGAUCGCCAGGUCGUGGGGUCGCAGGUACCCGGCCCAGACAAUAACAGCGAAGAUUGGAAGCCCUGGGGUGGGGUUACGGGGAAUAGCAAGACAGAGCGCGGACGUCGGAAAAAGGCAUCGGCGACAAGGGACGAAGAGGGGGAUGAAGACGAACACGAAGAAGGGGAAAAACAGCAGGAGUGA